CUCAGAACAUAGCUGGCCGUGGACAACAUAAGAAGCGCCUGUUUCCUGGCGGGGUGCUCAUGAUUGGAUGAAAAGUGCAGGAUCAAGCAUGGCACGAAACACAGGCACAUCAUCGUUGGCGCCAGCCUUACGGAGCUCUCUGGUUUCAACACCCCCCUACAAGAGCAAAAUCCUUCCGUGGCUCAUCAUACUGUCAAGGACGACGCCCAGAAGAGAGAGAACCGUGUGCGACAUAGAUAAAGCGACAAUUUGUGCAACAUGGCUGCUGUACAGAGUGUCAUCCAGAAAGCGUUCCAGACGGCCAUGCAUGACUUCAAAAUGAACCUGAACAACGAUGAGAUUCAUGCCCAAAUUCUCUUAGUAACAUCUAUCGAGGGCGUUUACGACCUCACUGACAAGCUUCAAGCCGAACAAGGUAGGAAAGGACACCUUCGGCAUUUGGCGAAGAUUGAACCUUACCUCAACCGUCUGCGAGAGUAUACCGCCGCUAUUGAACUUUUCGUGCAGAUCGAACCCGAGAUUAUGGCACUCAUUUGGGGCCCGAUCAAGCUGCUUCUACAAUGGACUAGUGUUCCGACUCAGUCGUUUGACGCAAUCUUGAAUACCACGGCAGAUAUCGGGUUAUUGUUGCCGGAGUUCCAGGAAGUUGCGGUGUUGUUCUCACGAAACGAUAAAAUCUACGACGUUCUGGUCUUGUUCUUCAGGGAUAUCCUCGAUUUUUAUCAGAUUUGCUUGCAGUUCUUUAUCAUGCCACGCUGGAAAUACUUUUUCGAGUCGCUAUGGCCACGAAAACGAGACCACAUCGACAUGGUAAAAGCUCACAUACAAAGACACACGUCACUGAUGCGGAAUGAAGUGCGUCUGGAACAUAUUCGAGAGGAACAUGAUGCCAGGCUGAGGGCCCUGGAGCACUAUAAGAAAUCCGAACGAGCAGAUCGCUUACAAAAAUAUCAAGCGCUCAAAACAGAAAUAAAUCCCAGGACCUAUGAUGAUAAGCUCAAUUGGUAUCACGGUCGUGUCUGUAAAGGGACUGGGGGAUGGCUGCGCCAGGACGACACCUUCAAGCGAUGGCUUGAUACAGGCAACCGGACAUCAAGGGUUCUUUGGCUUCAGGGAAUUCCAGGCGCAGGCAAGACAUUUCUUGCCGGUACUGUGGUAGAUAUCGCACGCACAGCCAGUCAUACUGCCUUCGCAUUCUUGAGUCACACUUUCCGAAGCAAUACUUCGGCGCUCUCUGUUUUGCAUUCGCUUAUAUUCCAACUAGCCUCCCAACACGAUGACCUCCAGGAUGUACUCUGCCACUCGGCUCAUGAACACAUUAAGAGCAAUGUAACUGUGGCAGUUGCCUUGCUCAAGGAAGUUUUGGGUUGUGCUGGCACCGCCUUUCUGGUUAUUGACGGUGUGGAUGAGAUAGAUGAAAUAGAGCGGGGGGUGCUUCUGAAGCAGCUUCUACUUCUAUCCCAAGAGUGCCAGGAGACCCGCAUACUAAUCAGCAGUAGACAGGAGGUAGAUAUAACGGCUAUUCUCCAACCCACAUCAGAGGUUAUUCGAGUUGAUGACAGGAAUGAAGAAAGCAUUCAGAUUUACGUCAAUCAUCAGCUGGAGCAACUAUUCGAGAGCCGAAGCUUUCCUCCCAGUAUGCAGGAUAAGAUAAGUGAUUCCCUAACACUGCUUGCAUCGAAAGCAAAAGGAAUGUUCUUGUAUGCAACAGUUGUCUUGAGCAGUAUUGAACUCGUCGACGAUGCCACCGAGAUUUGCGAAGAGCUGAGCACACUGCCGGAGGAUUUGGAUGAUGCAUACUCCCGAGUACUGCUACGAAUUAACAAGCUGCGACCAUCCGUGCGGGACAAGGCCAGAAGAAUACUGGCAUGGGUCGGUUGCUCGCCCACGCCGCUAACACUACCAGAACUUGAACAAGCCUUAACGAUCCAGCCUUGCAGUCUUGAACUUCUGGAAAGGGAUUAUGUCAGUCCGAAUCUUAACAAGCUAUGUGGACCAAUCAUUGAGGUGGUGGACGGGUACAUACAAUUCGUGCAUUUCAAAGUCAAGGAAUAUUUCUUCAGUCCGAGCGUGGACGGACAUAUCGACCUGGUCAAUGGAACCUUGGAUCUAGCUGUAUGUUGCACUACUUACCUUUGUCAAAGACAAUACGAUGUCGAUGUUCGAAGCAACGGUAUCACCAGUGUCCUGCUAAACGGAAGCUACAGACUGCAUUACCUCGCAGUCAAUUGCUGGUUUGAUCUGAUACGAGACUACUUAAAGCUGUCACGGGAUGAGGUACUGCCGACGCAGCUUGCAGAGUGUCUAAGGUCACUUAUGACAAAACGAAGCAAUGUUGAAUUUGCAGCAGAUCGGGACACUUUCACUACUCCUGGAUACCUGCAGUCUAUCAAAAAGGAAUACCCGGAUAUAUACGACUUCCUUUCUGAUGUAGCUCAGUUUCGCCAAAGGUGCCUAGAAACAGGGUAUCGUAUCAGUGACGGAAAAUUAUGGAUCAAUCUGGAUCCACUCUCCAUAUUCCACCAGAUGAACCGGAUUUUGUGUAAUUAUAGUCGUCAUAAACGGCAAUGCGACUGCCAUCUCAUCGAACGUGACUUUGGCAAGCGUCCGUUCAGAUGUGGCUUCUUGAACUGUUCGUUUCAACAAUAUGGCUUCGAAUCCAGAGCAGAGCGAGACCGCCAUGAAAGUAAGCACACCCUGCCAUGGAAAUGCAGCGUUUCGGGGUGUGAAUAUGAGACCACGGGAGAUCAGCAUAUGAAGAAGGCCCACAGAGACAAGAUGCCCGAAUGGCUGAUCACAAAGGACAUUGUGGAAUGGCGGGAGCUGAGAUCACUUUUGCAUGAUCUAAUCAAGCAAAAUGAACUCGGGAUGGUCGAGCUUCUCCUUCCGGGCCUCCACGAUAGCGACUCAUACUUCUUGGCAGAUGUAGUGGGACGAUAUGGGUCGAUUCAAAUGGCACAGGUGGUCUUUGAGCGUGCCAAGCGCUAUGAGGUAAUGAGUAGAGCUAUAACAGCUCAGAAUAUUGAGCUUGUCAAAUGGCUCAUCGACUCAGGAAACACUCCCGAGUAUGAUCAUGGGUUUUAUAUCGCAACUUUCGUGAAGACCGACUCGGAAGAGAUGUACAGACUGUGUGAGAGAUAUACGGCGGCGGCUCUUGUUGGAUACAAAGCAUUGAAUGCAACAAACAAGAUCCUGAGCCGGGAGAAAUUCCUAACAUCACUAUGGAAUUUCAUGGGACUAGGCAGAGAGCUGAAGCCGACAAGACUCACACUCGCGUUGAGCUCUAUCGCAAGAUCGUCAUGCUCAAUUUGCCUCGCAGCAGGUCUCAUACAGCACGGAGCAGAUGUCAAAGGAUCGAAGAGCCCCUCAGCUAUUUCACCACUCCAUUAUGCUGCGCGAAAAUCCUCGGCGGAGAACGCGGAGUUCAUGAAGUUCCCCCUCUUUGCGGGUGCAGAUCCAGACAGAGUUUCUCGCAAACGAAAGCCAUCCGAUGAUAUAGACGCCCAGGGGAUCUCCAGGUGGCUCGGGAUAUCUUGGGGCGAGCUGGUAGCACAGACAAGAAACCAUAGGAGAGGCCUGAUUGUUUGA